AUGGACGCCUCCCUGCGCGGCGGGCCCGCCCUCUCGACCUCACGGACACCGGUACGCCACCGGCUUUCACCCGAUGCCUGGCCUGGUGGUCGCGCAACAGACUGGCCGGAGGCCAAUUCCUUUUCCGUCGCCGGCAACGUUGCCACCGCGGACCCCAUGCUUAAGGCCACUGACAUGUGGGCAUUAAAACUGAGCGGACCCAUUGGUCAGUGGGAGAGGGCUGCCCUCGAGGCACCCCACACCCCCCUCGCGUCCGUAACAAAACGCGAGACCCCACCCCCUGUGGCCUCAAAACCUUCUCGCCUCGCCCUCCUACCAUCAACUCUCUCUCCUUCCCUUCCCUCGUCGGCGACGCACGAACGCACGCAGCCGUUCCCGCCGCCGCCUCCACGAGCCGAGCUGGCCGCCACGGCAGAUCCGCGGGCCAAGCCCCUGGCGGCGCCGCCGCCGCACCACCUCGAGCCGUGGUCGGCGCAUCAGCCUUCACCACAUCGCAUGCCCGUCCUCCCCGCGGUAGCCUCGCCCGCCGCGGGUGGCGGGCUCGCGGCAGCCCGCGAUCGCCGCAGGUCGUCGUCCCACCGGCGGGGCGGCGCCUCCCAGGCCGUCGGGGAGGAGCCUUGCGGCGGCGGGAUCGAGGCGCUGCGGGCCAAGCUCAUGGGCCACCUGCGCGGCGCGGCCGACCGGCUCCGCGUGGCCCAGCCUCCUAGAAGCCGGGGUUCCUCCCUGCCUCACCCACCUCCUCCGCCGCCGCCGCCGAAGACCGCGAGCCCACCGCCCGAGACGGACUCGGAGUCCGAGCCCGACCUCCGUGCUCCGCCGCCGCCUCCUCCGCCAGCGGCCCCGCAGCCGCAGGCGGAGGCUGCGACGAGGCCGUGGAACCUGCGGGAGCGGUCGCGGCGGCGCCCGGCCGCCAGGUCGUGGGCCGCGUCCCCGCCCCCGCCCCCCUCGUCGUCGUCGCGGAGGCGGCGCAGGCGCGCCCCGUUCUCCGUGUCCCUGACGGCGGAGGAGAUCGAGGAGGACAUCUACGCGCUGACCGGCGCCCGGCCGCGGCGGCGGCCCCGGAAGCGGCCGCGCGCCGUGCAGCGGCAGCUUGAUUCGCUGUUCCCCGGCCUGUGGCUGACCGAGAUCACCGCCGACGCGUACCGGGUGCCGGACGAGUAGCUCCUGCUCCUGCUCCUUCUUCUCCUGCCGCCCCAGCCUUGCCGGCGCCGCCCGCCAGACACUUUCCAAGCUCCAACUCCGGGGGCGGGGGCAGGGGCAGGGGCAGGGCAGGGCUGGGCUGGCUCCAAGGAAGGAAGCUGGGCCGGGCCAUCCAACCAGCUCGCGUCAUCGCGUCGCGGUCGCGUCGUCUCAUCGCCCCGAAUUUACAACUCGGCUCGGGUCGAGCCCACAUCCAGCCGGUAGGUCCCGCCACCUGCUUGUCGCAUGCCCUCCAAGUUUUUUUUUCCUUCCUCCACCUCGUCACCCGGUGUUGUACGUGUGCUCCAUUCCCGCACCUGCCUCUAUGUAGCAGCCUGUACAUACAGUUGUGUGCUUUGUGGUUACUGCUGCUGCUAAAUUCAUGAACAAGUUCCAGUACCUGUUGUUACCGUUAUCAUUCA